AUGGCUAUAGAAUGGAAGAUGAUUAAUCUUGUAUUUUCAUUAUGUGUAGCACUUACUAUUGGUCUUUCAAUUGGAUAUUAUUUAGGACAAACUAUACAAAAUCCUUUACUAAAUAUAACAUAUUUGAAUCUUCACCAUACACAUCAACGAUCUCCAUUAUUAGGAGUACAUGUCAAUGUUAUUGAUCUACAUACAAAAAUUCUUUCGAAUUUCACGUGUAUGAAAUUGAAAAAAUUGCUUGAUUCAUUUGAAACAAGUGUUUGUAUAUAUGAUGUUCGUAGAGAUAUUUACGUUAGUGGAACUAUUGUUAGUCAGAAAAUAUGGGAAGAAAAUUUUGUCACAAAAUUUGUAACAAUAUUAAAUAAAUAUCCAGAAUAUGCUAUGAUUGAUGUUGGUGCUAAUAUUGGUGUUUACACGUUGUAUGCAUUAGCGCUACACCGUCCAACAAUCUCAGUAGAAUGCUAUAAACCAAAUAUCGAAAGAAUUGUUCGCGCUUCACAAAUUGAAAAUGUUUCAAAACACCUAACAUUAAUUGGAAAUGCAAUAUAUAAUCGAUCAGGAGAAUUUUUUAAAUUAUCAAAAGAUGAUAUUAAUGUUGGCGGACAAGGAUUAACAGUGAAUGGAACAAUGCAACAGGCAUCAUCAAUGGCUGAUCAAUUUACAGUCAGUACUAUUCGUUUUGAUGAUCUAUUACCUUUGUUUAUUGAUCGUCAAAUUGAAAACGCAAUCAUGAAAGUUGAUAUUCAGUCGUCUGAAAAUUUCUUAUGUGCAUCAGGGGAGAAAAUAUUUGACUCAAUUAAUAUUCCUUUCAUUCUAAUGGAAUGGGUCGAUAUUAAAUGGAUAACAAAUCGAGCAGAUUUUAUUAUUGAUUUUUUCAUUCAACGAAGUUAUUUUCCAGUAUCUACUUAUAAUUGCCAAAUAUUAAAUCACACAACAAGUAAUUAUACAACAUGGGGAACUCCACAUGAUAUUUAUUGGAUUAAAUCGAACUACUACCAUCUUUGUCGACUUUAA